GCCUAACUGUCACAGACGGACAGAACACACGAACGGGAGACUCUCGAGAACAAACAUUGGAUGUAAAGGUAGGCCAAAAUACCUGCAAGAGUGUUAGAUCAGUACCAUGUUCGAUCUUCUGCCGCCAGAAUUGCUGCUCCAUAUCGUCAAACAGUUGAGCAAACCAGAUCUGCAAUCCUUCUCCCUCGUCUCCCAAAAAUGCCAUCGGAUCGCUCUUCAACCCCUCUGGGAGUCAGUCGUCGUCACCUCAAAGUCGGAACAGUAUUUGCACCACAACGACGCCUUGCGCCUACCGCAGGAACGCCUCCAACUUGCGAGGGAACUCCGUUUUGAGGCUGAGUUUUACCGGUAUCCCAUCGCGGCACGAUGUCCCCAUGUGGAGCGUCCCGAAGACAUAGCUGGGUAUAGUACGUCCGUGGCCGACACUAGGAUGAAAUAUUCCUCACCCUUCACGCGCCUUGCCCAACGGACACGGUGGGCCGUUGAAAAGUUUGAGGACAGCCAUCUGCAAUCUUUUAGCUGGGGCUUGGGCGCUUGCGUGCCCUCCGGCGCUCUCGGGCCGAGCGGGUUCGUCACGCUUCAGAAUCACUCGUUGCGAUCCUUGAGCCUGAUAACCAACACCUUCUGCAACGAGGAACCGGACGAGUGGUGCGCCGUGGACUUGUCGUCCUUCUCCCAGCUCCAGAGUCUAUGCUGGAUAGCCCCCAAUGGCCUGGCCCUCGAUACCUUGUCCACUGCUAUCCAGCGAAAUUCGGAGCGGCUGCGGCGUCUCGAAUUAGACUUUGUCUGUUGGGAAUCACUUCGGUACUACUUGGAUUCCCGUAGCGAGGAGAAGGUGCAGCAGGAAGACUGGUGUGCCAAAUUCUUUGGCCUGACGACCCAACCCGCCCGGCUCAUCUUCCCAGCGAUUCGCGAGCUGUCUUUCACCGACCUACCUCUCAUGGCCGACGUGGCGUGCGCCGUCAACUUUGGCACCCUCAGGUCCCUCACCCUGCGACGAUGUCUGGGCUGGGAUACCUUUCUCGCCCGGGCCACGGAGCUUAACCUUCCUGUGCGGCUCAAGACAUUUGAGUUACACAUUAUUGACCACACGCCCGACGGUUGGGGCCGCACCGUCAUACAAGAUUUUCUGAACGGUUUCAAAGGACUCGAGGAUUUUUUCAUUGACGAGCCGGAGCAAGGGGAAACCCUCUCGUUCUGGGAUAACGUCGCCCGCCACCAACCAACUCUCAAGAAAUUUGUGCAUCACCAGCGGACGGCGGGGCAAGCGGCGCAUAGUAGGGUUUCGUUCGGUUCGGAAGAGGUUGUGGAAGACCUUUCCCUGCUCCCACGUGAGAUGGACCGGAUACGAGAUGACCCUUCGGCAAACCCGCUCAAUAAUCUAGAUCUCGGCUUCAUCGGCCUGUCGUGCCACCCGAACCGGCUGAGGUCUAUCGUAUUGCCUUUCGUGGCCAAGGCUUCGCUGAAGGUGCUCCACAUCCGUCAGCCCUCUCCCGACAGUCGUGGGUCUGAGAUGUCCUGGGCCCUGGGUAGAGGGCAGGUGGGCCGCGGCUCGGACAUUACAAUACAAAGCCCGCCCAGUGAGAUAGACGAUGUCAUUUCAGGACGAUGCGCCGAGACCGCCGCCGCCGCCAUGUUUCGGCCAGGGCUACAGCCCCGUUUCCGCCAGUUCGCCGAGGGGGUGUUCGGGCCACAAGGGAUCGGCUCGCUCCAGUUUCUCGUCUUCGGCGACUAUAGCUUUGGCGGCCGCCGACACGAUAACAGACUCAUCUUCUGCCGAGACACAGCGGCGGACAGAACGAGCAACUUCCGGAUCCUCGCCCGGAACGAGACGGACGUGGCACAUCUCGAGGAGUACCGGGCUGCGGUGCGGGCAUGUCCCACACGUGCAUUUUUGGAAAAUACCUUUGGGUAGUGAAAAGGUCCGCCUUAAGGUAGUGCUGGCGGGGCCGAGGGGCGCUUUAGGUACAGCUAGAGGACUGCGUUUGAAGUGAACGAGCGUCAUUGGGAUGCUCUCUGUUAAUAAUGUCUUGAUGCGUAACAAGUGACGGCCUGGCGUCGACGGGAAUCCGAGAAAAGGCCUCAUCCCCAGCUGUGCCCACGCACCACACGUAGGUACCUAGCCAAGCCCAACCAGAAAACAAAAACCCUCAACCACCCCAUCAACCACCACAAACAAACCCCAACAUCCCCCCCC